UGGUCAAUUAACAGCAUGCGCGCCACGCAGUGUGAAAAUCUAUAACUACGGGUAGAGAUGACAUUCGCCCUCUUUCCGUAACAGUAACAAAUAUUUCGCUGGUGGAACUUGGAUACAUGAUGCUUCGAAACAUCAUUGUGCGUGCAUCCCUCUACACCUGCAGUGUGCUGCCAUCAGUGUUACGUAGAGGAAUUCAUUGUUCUGCAAUCUCAUACAGAAGAGAUGAUAGGAAAACUUUGUUACAGAGUGUUAUGCCAACAGAUGAGGGUGUGGAGGGAGAAAAGUCACAAAAUAUUGAGGGAAUGAAGUAUUACGGUAUGAUGACACCAACACUGGAAACGUUUAGUACCCUGUUUGGUGGCAUUCGAUACGACAAUCUACCGGUAGCUCACGUUAAAAUCAGCCAAAACAACACCAUUAUCAAUGUAACGGAUCAUCUUGGUGUUAUCUAUGCAAUUGGAUCAUGUGGCACAGAAGGGUUUAAAAAUGCCAGGAAAGGAACUAAUAUCGCCGGACAAGCAACUGGCAUUGGUGUUGGCACGAGAGCAGUCAAGAAGGGUGUAAAGCAGGUGAGAGUGAGAAUUAAAGGUCUUGGACCAGGCAGAAUGGCUUCCAUUAAAGGACUCCAGAUGGCUGGAUUGGAUAUAGUGUCAAUCACAGACUGCACCCCGAUCAUUGGUAAAGAGAUUCGUCCACGAAAACAAAGAAAGCUAUGAUUGCUACUCAAUUCAGACAAAAGCGUAUAUAUAACCAUUGAUCACAGGAAUGCUAUAUUUAUCUUGAACGUGUAUUGAUCUAGCAUUUCCUGCUUGAAUUGCCUUGCUGAAGCAUAUGGAAUAAAGGUGAACUAGCACAAGUUGUAUCCUAGACCUAGAUUAUAGGUAUCCUAUUAGCUGGUUUGCUUUAUUUUCAUCACAUUUUACAAAAUUGAUGUUUGUUAGGCAACCUACUUUAUUUUGAAAUCUAAAUAUCUCAUAUUCACUUUGGAUCUUCCAUAUCGGCAGACCAUGUUUUCUUGCAUUUUGUUGAUAUCAUUAUUACGUCUGCUUAUUGGAAACUAAAAUUAACAAAUUUUGAAAAAAGUUAAUUAAUAAAAAUCACAAAGUUAGAACAUGUAA